ACAAGACCCUGGGGAAGGAACAAAGGAGCGAAAGACGAGAUGCUCCGGCAGCUCGCAAGCUGUUCUGAUUCGAGGUGCUCGAGUCUUGUCACUUGUCGACUACAAGUUGACAAGAUACACGUUGGUGUGUCUGGUCGCGAGAUCGAAAUGAACAUUGUACAACGACGAGCCGAGGCUCAAGCUGCAGCAUGCUGUGUCAGAUGAGGGGAGCGCAAGCGACCUCGACCAGCUCGCCCAUCCAGGUCGCUCUUUCCCAUUUCUCUCAGCACAACACGUGGGACUUUCCAAGAUGACUUCAAAGCUCCCAGAAUUCAAGCACACUGCUGUCGAGGAUCUCAAUGCCAUCCACUCACGACUUUACGACACAUUCCACUCGCAGAAGACGAAGCCUUUGAGCUGGCGCGUAACGCAACUCCGCAAGCUAUGGUGGGCUAUCAAGGACCGCGAAGAACAGUUAGGUGAAGCUCUCCAGCGCGACCUUGGAAGACCUUUCUACGAGGCCUACCUUACUGAGAUUGGCUGGGUCCUGAACGACAUCAUCUUCACAAUCAACAACAUCGAGAAAUGGGCAAAGGAGGAAAGCGCCAGCGAUGUGCCUCUCACCUUCAUGGCUAUGCGGCCUCGUGUCCGCAAGGAGCCAUUGGGCGUAGUGUUGGUUCUCGGAGCCUUCAACUUCCCCGUCCAACUUUCGCUCGGCCCUGUUAUCGGAGCCAUCGCUGCUGGUUGUACCGUCGUUCUCAAGCCAUCGGAAAGCUCGCCCUAUACUGCCGCCCUCCUGCAAGAAGCUAUGGAAGCCUCCCUCGAUCCCUCGGCCUUUGUCUGCGUUCAAGGCGCCAUCCCCGAGAGUAGCGCUUUGCUAGAGUGCAAGUGGGACAAGAUCUUCUACACUGGCUCUGGCACCGUCGGAAAGAUCAUUGCGAAGAAGGGAGCGGAGACAUUGACCCCGGUCACGCUCGAGCUCGGUGGUCGCAACCCGGCCAUCAUCACAAAGAAUGCAGACCCUCGUCUUGCUGCUAGACGUUUGCUCUGGGCUAAGGGUCUCAACGCAGGCCAAGUCUGCGUCAGUCAGAACUAUAUCUUGGUCGACAAAGAUGUCCUGCCUUUCUUUGUCAAGGAGCUCAAGACUGCCAUCAAGGAGUUCUACCCAGACGGUCCCAAGGAAAGCAAGGACUUCGGUCGUAUUGUCAACUCACGUCAAUUCGACCGCCUGAAGAAGAUGCUCGACUCUAGUGAGGGCGAGAUUUUGUACGGUGGAGAGAUGGAUGCCGAGACGAACUACAUUGCCCCCACCAUCAUUCGUGUUUCAUCUACCUCGGACUCUCUCGUCGUGGACGAGUCGUUCGGCCCCUUCAUUCCUCUUCUCGCAGUUGACAAUCUUGACGAAGCUAUUCGCCUCGCCAACGAAGUCCACAGCACACCUCUUGGUCUCUACGCCUUCGGCAGCAAAGCCGACACCAACCGCAUCCUUUCGGAGACUCGCAGUGGUGGCGCCAGUAUCAAUGAUGGCUUUACCCACGCCUCCCUCCCUACAGUCGAGUUUGGCGGUGUCGGUGACAGUGGUGCUGGUUGUUACCGUGGCAAGGCAUCUUUCGAUUGCUUCACACACCGUCGUGUCGUCACCAACACACCUGCUUGGGUUGAGAGCUUGUUGUCCGUCAGAUACCCACCCUACAAGGGCAAGCUUGCCCAGCUGAAGAGAAUGAACGACUUUGCUCCCAACUUUGAUCGUGAAGGCAAGAUCGUGACGCUAGGAUUUGUCGCAAGAAUCUUGGCUCUGGGCGGAGCAAGUGUUGGACAGGGUAUCAAGAGAUGGCUCAUCUUCGCCAUUUUGGCCCUCGGUGUGAGAUAUGGACAAAUGCUUGGUCUACAGGAAAGGUUGAAGAGAACUUGAGAAGAUCUUGAGGCACACAAUGCGACAGAAAAGUCUAAGGUUGAACAGUACCAGUUUAAUGAAUGUAGGUGGAUCUGAACAAAUUUCAUAUCUUGCAUGUCCAAGCGAACAUCGACACGAUAGUUACUACUUGUCAAGUCUUGAUACAUUUGGAAUAGUUGAACAAGUAGCCAAGUGACAGGGUCCUCGUGAGGCCUGCAUUUGUCGUGAUUAGGGAC